AUGAAGGUGGCAAUCAUCAUCCCAUUCCGAAAUCUCCAUGACCACCUGAAGUACUGGCUGUAUUACCUCCAUCCUAUACUGAUGCGACAGCAGGUGGACUAUGGUGUGUAUGUCAUCAACCAGGACGGAGAAGGAGUGUUCAACCGGGCAAAACUGAUGAAUGCAGGCUAUGUUGAAGCGCUGAAGGAAUAUGAUUACGAUUGCUUCGUCUUCUCUGACGUCGAUCUGGUUCCUAUGGACGACCGUAAUCUCUACCGAUGUUUUGAUUCUCCCAGACACUUGGCUGUCGCCAUGGACAAGUUUAACUUCAUAUUACCAUAUAUUACAUUCUUUGGUGGGGUUCAUUCAUUGUCAAAAGAGAAAUUCUUGAGAAUUAAUGGCUUCCCCAAUACUUACUGGGGUUGGGGUGCUGAAGAUGAUGAUAUAUAUAAUCGGAUUUUAUUCCGUGGAAUGAAAAUUUCUCGGCCUAACUUGAUAAUAGGGAGGUAUAAGAUGAUUAAACAUCUGAGAGACUUACACAAUGAGCCAACAAAGAAAUUGCACAACACCCAAUGGCAAAUGGAAAAAGACGGUAUCAAUUCCCUCAAUUACACAGUCAAGGAGAUGGUGAAAGAUAAAAUGUACACAUUUGUCACUGUGGAUAUUCAGGCUACGCAAUAA